AUGUUUUGUGCAUUAUUCCUGUUGACUUUGUUCCUGUCCUCGCCGUUCAGCUGCCAAAAAGCCGAGGCCGGUCCUAUUAUAUCUGUGACCUCCCCAACAGAUACAAAUCCAUCCGAGCCAUCUGUUGCCGUUGCAAAUCGACAACACAACCCAUUUGGCCAAUUCGGUCCUUAUUCAAAUCAACUUCGACAGAACAGUCAACCAGCUGCCCCAGACAAAGCCCUCUCUACCCUGCUUGAUACCGACCACCUCAGAAAAGAUUGCGAUCACUUGAUUGAGACAUACGAUCCCCCUUACAUUGGCACCGAAAACCUGAACAUUUUAUGCACAAUGUCUCGAGAUGGCUCGACUUUGAAGGAGGAUGUUUUACAUUGCUUGAGCCUUACAAUUGGACAUGUUGAGCUGAUGGAGGAAGCCAUUGACCGGCAUUGCUUGCAUAUCGCCACGUAA